GCCUCUAGCUUCCGCUUGGCGGUUUGUUGACAUUAGCCGGCUGGCGGUGUGAUGUUAUUGUUCGCAAUGGAUCGGAAAAAACUAUUUACUUUUCAAAGGGCAGUCGGUGGUAAUAACCACCAUUGUUGUGUGCCACUUUGUACUGCCGGGGGGAGAUUCAACAAAGUUUUGAGCUUUCAUAGUUUCCCAAAGGAACCUAAUUUACGCGCCCAGUGGCUUGUGAAAGUCAGAAGAGAAGGUUUCACCCCAACCACCAGCUCUAGAGUGUGUAGUCGACACUUUGAGCAAGCAGACAUAGUUAUCUCUUCUUCUGGAAAGCGGUGUCUUCGACUAAAUAUUAUACCAUCCUUGUUCGGUUGGAAUAAUUAUACAAAAAAACCUCAACGGCCCGGAGUUUGGGAUCGCCAGCCUCGAGCAACCCAGGCUUUGGACCGCGCCCCCGAGGAUGACACCACCGUGGAAAUGGAAGUGGUUGAAAACACUGUCUCUGGUUGUACUGAGUUGGCUUCGACAGCUCUGAUGGAAGACCACGAUUACACAGCCAGCUCUUUCAUCGUGGUCGGCCGUGAGAAAUUUGAGAGCAUGUCGAGGCAGGUCGAGGAGCUCACACGGCAGAUCGAAACACUGCACAUGGAGAGAUUUGGAUUGCAACGGUUUUCUACAUCACCUAGUGACAUUCGCUACUAUUCCAGAUUUCCAUCAUAUGAACAUUUGAUGACCUUUUGGGAUCUAAUUCAAGAGGCAACAAGCAGAAUGGUGAGAGUCACCAGUGGUCAGAAGAACCUCUCCACCAGUACAUCCACUGAGACCCCUAUGAACAGACCAACAAAACUGCUGCCAAUUGACGAGCUCUUCCUCUUCCUCAACUACCUGUCAACCGGCUGUACGCAAAGGGAGCUUGGUCACAAGUUCAAUAUCCACAGAGCAACAGCAAGCAGAAUAAUUGUGACGUGGUCCAACUUUUUGUAUACUUUGCUUGGAUCGCUCUCCAUCUGGAUGACCAGCAUAUCAGUGAGAGAAAACUGCCCCACAGAUUUCAAUGGGACCUAUGAGAACACCCAGGUCGUCCAUGACUGCACAUAA